AUGCUCCCCACCCUCAUCAGAAGGGCUGCGCAGAACGCAGCGGCGCCCGAGGCCGCUUAUAUCGCGAGGAUAAGAGAGCUCUAUCCGCCCAAGAAGGUCUGGCCGCCCGACUUCAAGAGCCUGUCACCUCAGGAGCAGCUCCGGUACGAGAAGAAGUACAAACGGAGGCUGGCACUUGCCACGGCGCGGCCGCGGUGGAACAAGUUCAUCAAGCUGAUCCAGCUGUUCAGCAUCGUCUCUGUUGCCACAUAUGCCGUCCUUUUCAUGGACUGGAAGCAGGAAAGCCAACCAUUUGACGGGGUGAGCACUCAUACAUGA